CCUUUAAGCACUGUGCCAGGUGAAAAGCAGGUUACCACUUCUCCUUUCCCAUGGAUGGGGCCCUGGGCUGUCACCAGCACAUCCCCAUCCCCCUUGGGUCUGGCCCGCUGUCCUCCAGUCCCUGUGCAGCCCGCUCCACCGUCCCCCGUGAGAACCGGCCAUGCCCUGCCCCAGCCUGCGGAGCUGUGGCCUUUGUACCACUGCUCACAGCGUCUUCUCGCCUCCUCUCCUCACCACCUCUCCGCACGGAUUCAUAGGAGGAUCAAGCGUAGCCUCCCAGGGGGGCCCUCCGGGCCCUGCGCUGACUUCCGGCUGACUACUUUCAGCUCCUUCCGACCCCACCCACCGCCCACGCUAAGCUCGGGUGCCACCUGCACAACUCAUCCUCCACGCCCACCGCCGUGGAUCCCGCUCGGGGAGUGGCGCCACCAUCCACCAUCCGGGCAGCUGCCCAAGCAGCCGCUCGAGAGUCACCCGGGCCUCCUCCCCCUCUGCACCAUGGCUUCUUGCUCCUCGUCCUGCUCGCUCGACCUCCCCAAUAUUUCUCAGUGGCCAUUCAAGCACACAACCGAAGGUCUUCCCAAAAGGCAGGAGGGACCUGACGGAUCAAAUCCAAGGUGAAGAAAG